AUAGUGCAAAGCCAGACUACAACAAAAAAAAUAGAGAACAAUAUAGAGUCAUGUCUAAUAUGAUGUUGUUCCUUUCUUUUCUAGUGAUUCUAGUAGCCACCAUGCAAGAAACACAUGCAGUUGAGUUCAGUGUCACCAACAACGUUCCAACUACCCCCGGAGGAAUCCGGUUCACAAAUGAAAUCGGGCUCGAUUACACCAAGCAAACACUAAUCUCCGCCACGAAUUUCAUAUGGAACGCCUUCCAGGAGAACACCGACGCAGACAGAAAGAACGUUGCUCAAGUGAGCCUGUUCAUCGACAGCAUGGAUGGUGUCGCCUACACGAGCAACAAUGAGAUCCACGUUAGCGCGAAUUACAUACAAAGCUACUCAGGAGAUGUUAAAACUGAGAUCACCGGGGUGGUGUAUCAUGAGAUGACGCACGUGUGGCAGUGGGACGGGAGACCCCAAACCGCUGCCCCUGGAGGACUCAUAGAAGGUGUUGCAGAUUAUGUGAGGUUGAAGGCUGGAUAUGCACCAAGUCACUGGGUGCAACCCGGGCAGGGAGACCGGUGGGACCAAGGUUACGAUGUUACAGCCCGAUUCCUGGACUAUUGUGAUAGUCUGAAAAAUGGGUUUGUGGCAGAACUUAACAAGAAGAUAAGAAACGGUUAUAGUGCUGACUACUUUGUUCAGCUGCUGGGCAAGACAGUUGAUCAACUCUGGAGUGAUUACAAGGCCAAGUAUAACAACUAGACAUGUUCUAUCAUGGGCAUAUGAGUCAUAUGUAUGAAUAAACAAUAAAAAGUAUACGUACAACUGAUUUUCUGUAAUAACUAAUGAAUAAAUUGUCUGAAUAAAAAAAAGUUUUAAGUAUCAUCCAGAUUACUC